GGGGGAUUCCAUUCAUUGUGCAAGUGUGUGAUGCGAGAUGCUUAAAGAAACGUUGGCGCCCAUUGUACAAGCGGCGAUGUAGCGAUGAAGCUGCUAGGUUCUUUCAGCAGGGAACUAUGACAAAGGGCUAAUAUGCACAAGCGAUGCGGUGAGCGCAUAUGGGGGCUCCAACCCUACGUUCGUCUGGCCAGUUUGUUUACUUUUCUCCAGAAGGUAUGUAUGUGCUCGUGCCCCAGCGGAGGGAGAAGAUGGGAGAUCCAUGCCGUCCUCCGACCCCGCACGCCCCAAUCAUAUCGUAUGCAGUCAGGCUCUGGACUCUCGGGCAGUAUGUGACUGGGAGCCGGAGUGGCUCGCUCCCCCGUCGUUCACUAUCUACUGCCUUCUUUUUUGGCGCCGCUCCCGUGCGCUGUGAACUGCUGGUCAUCCCCUUUUGUCUUACAAGAAAGGUAGUGUAUACUUUUAUUUGAAGCCGACCAUGCUGGAUGCUCACUUGACUCUCGACUGUGACCUGUGGUGCGGUCUGUAGAUGUGAACAUGGAGUUGUCAAGUAGAUGGUGACGUCGUGAGUGGCGUGAAAGUGUGUGUGCGUGAGUGUGAGUG